CAGACAGGUACGCAGGUUAAGCCUCUCGCUGUGUGGAGACUUCCCUUCGUCUCACUAUGGACCUGCCAUCUUUACUGCUCUGUAUCCUCCUGGAAGUCCUGGCUCUCAGCGGUCAAAACUUUCCGCAGGAGCGCAUAGUGGGAGGCUACGCACCAGUCCCACAUUCCAUCAAGUACAUAGUGUCGAUACAGACGACGGACCGCCAACACUUCUGCGGGGGCUUCUUGAUAAAUAGAUUCUGGGUGAUCACAGCGGCACACUGUGACAUUGGGGUGAAGCAGAUGGUGAUCGUGGCCGGGGACUACUCUCUGACCAUUUAUGAAGGUACAGAGCAGGAAGUCCAGCCUCAGCUUUUGGUGCCCUAUCCUGAAUACAACAGCACCACCAACAACAGUGACAUUAUGCUCAUUAAGCUGAGGGCUCCCGUCUACAUGAACAGCUACGUCUCUGUGGCUCUGCUGCCCCGGCAGGACGCGGCCAUAGCCGAGGGAAGAAUGUGUCGGGUGUCAGGAUGGGGAUACACCUCCCCCAACGGAGGCCAGAUUCCCUCCACCCUCCGAACCGUCAAGCUCCCCAUCAUCUCCUCGGAAAAAUGUAACCGCAGUGAGUCUUUUAACGGCAGCAUCACAGAGAACAUGCUCUGUGCCGGCUACAGCGUCGGAGGGAAGGACGCCUGUCAGGGGGACUCGGGCGGCCCGCUGGUGUGCGACGGCCGGGUCUACGGCGUGGUGUCCUGGGGGAGAGGUUGUGCCGACUCUCAGUUUCCAGGAGUCUACACUGCCGUCUCCAAGUUCCGCCGGUGGAUCGACGACACCAUCUUCAGCUACUACAGCAGAUGUCACAAGGAUUAGAGCUUGCAGUAUUGACCCCUCGGAGACUUGACAUGCUUUCACUGUUGCCUCCUCUGGUCUGAUUUCAUUCUUGUUUUAAAAUGUGUGAAUAUCUGAAGACACGGUCUUGUACUUAGGGGAAUAGAUCAACAUCUUGGGAAAUGGAGUUUGUUGCUUUCAACAACCGGUUACCGCCGCUACGACGCGUUUUCCUUGCGUACUACACGAGCGACGUUGCAGUUGGUGGUGCAGGCGAACGGAUGUGAACGUACGCGAACGCAAGCACCAACUGCAAGUAUAUCCCAGGCUUAAGAAGGAAGCUGUUGACCAAAGCAUGACACAGACAUUAACACCUCAAGAAGUUGCGUUAACUAUAGAAAAGAACAUAAUUUGUCUCUUUUACAUGUAUAUGUUAAAUACAAAGUUUUUCUCAACAAUAUGUUAGCUUUUCUUAUUUUUCACGGAACAGUAUCAGGGCCAGGCAGGAGAAAAAUGAAAAUAAUAUUUUAGAGGAGGAAGAUUCUUUUUCAUUAUGCACUUUGAGAAAAAGUCGAAAAUGUUGUGAGAAAAAAGUUGAAAUG